AUGUCAGAUAAAAAGAAGAAAGGUUCAAAGAAGGGAGGUAAGAAGAUUGACCCAUUCACCCGUAAGGAAUGGUACUCUGUUAGAGCCCCAACUGUUUUCUUCCCACCAGCAGCUGCCAACUCUAUUGGUUACACCCCAGUCAACAAGACCAUGGGUACCAAGCUUGCCUCUGAUGGUUUGAAGGGUCGUGUCUUUGAGGUCUCACUCGCUGACAUGAAGGGUGAAGAAUCACAAGUUCACCGUAAGAUCAAGCUCAGAGCCGAUGAAGUCGACGGUAAGACUGUUCUCACCUCCUUCUACGGUAUGGAUUUGACCACCGAUAAGGCUCGUUCACUCGUUCACAAGUGGGUAACCAUGAUCGAAGUCUACGUUGACGUCAAGACCACCGACGGUUACUCCCUCCGUGUCUUUGCUGUCACCUUUACCAAGCGUGCCGAUUUCCAAGUCACCAAGACCUCGUACGCCAAGACUUCCAAGGUCAAGAAUAUCCGUAAGAAGAUGCACGAGAUCAUCAGCGCUAGCAUCGCCACCUCUGAUAUCAAUCAAGUUACCAAGAAGUUCCUUGAACAAACCAUCUCUGCUCAAAUCCAAUCAGAGUGCUCCACCAUCUACCCAUUGACCAACACUUUCAUCCGUAAGGUCAAGGUACUCAAGACCCCAAAGGUCGACGGUCGUCGUUUGAUGGAACAAUAUGCUGCCAGCAACUCCUAUGCUGCCCCAGCUGCUGCUGCCCCAGUUGCCACCGCUCCAGCCACUGAAGAAACCGGUAUCCCAGUUGAAACUGCCUAA